CAAGCGCUCGCCCACAGGGAAGAAGAAGGACCUCCAGACGUCAGUUGAUCAUGGCGUUGAGCUGGAGAGCAGUCGUCAGUCUACAGAGGAAAACAACUGCCGCCACGGCCACAGCGUGUCUCUGAAAGUCAGCGACGUAUUACUGAGCACAUUAAUCUGCGUCUCAUCUUUUUUCUGCUGCCGCUUCAGGGACUCAACGUAACGUUACGCCGAAGAAAAGGGAAGCUGCGGAGCGGAGUUGACAGCUACCGACGUUACAGGCUUAACUAAUGUUUACCUGGACUAUUUGACCACGAUAUGUCUCAACCCUCUUCAGCCAACUAACAGUAACGGAAGCGGUGUGAGCUAGCAAUCGAUCCUGUCAAGCACUCGGGCUAUUUGGGUUAACUCCUCGUGCACUCAGACCUAUUAGCAAGUCGAUAAUAACACAACAUGAUUCAGUGAGCCGUUGGUCCUUAUUUGCUGAUUGUUAGUCAGGUCCAGACAGCUCAGCUAAUAGCUUAAACCUAACUCACCUAAGGGGUGUCAGUCAUAUGCAUAUAUAAGUUUAUAUUGUUUUUAUACUCUGCUUGUAAAGCGUUAAGGAAAUGUCAGAUAACCAGAGCUGGAACUCCUCCGGUUCCGAGGAAGAUGUGGAGCCUAAAGAGGAGCCUGGACCUCUUGUUGGUAUCGUCGACUUGAGCGGAGUCCUCAGUAAAUGGACAAAUUACAUCCAUGGAUGGCAGGACCGUUGGGUGGUCCUGAAGAACAACACACUGAGCUACUACAAGUCUCAGGAUGAGACUGAGUAUGGCUGUCGGGGUUCCCUCUGCCUUAGCAAAGCUGUCAUUACUCCUCAUGAGUUUGAUGAGUGCCGGCUGGACAUAAGCGUAAAUGACAGCGUGUGGUACUUAAGAGCACAAGACCCAGAGCACAGACACCAGUGGAUUGACUCCAUUGAGCUGCACAGGAGUAUCAGAGAGGGGAGGAGAGAGAAGGGAGGAGUCCAGGGAACAAUAAUCAUCCCUCAACCACUGGCUGAUUCUGGAUAUGGCUCAGAGUCCAGUCUGCGGAGACAUGGCUCCAUGCUGUCUCUCACAUCAGCCACCAGCGGCUACUCUGCCACCUCCACAUCCUCCUUCAAGAAGGGUCAUAGCCUGAGAGAGAAGCUGGCAGAGAUGGAGACCUUCAGAGAUAUCUUGUGCAGGCAGGUGGACACGCUUCAGAAAUACUUUGAUGUCUGUGCGGACGCCGUGUCUAAGGAUGAGCUGCAGAGGGAUAAAAUCGUGGAGGAUGAUGAAGAUGACUUCCCCAAUACCCGGACAGAUGGAGACUUUCUGCAUAACAGCAGCAAAGAAAAAUUGUUCCUGUCCUUGAGUCCCAAGGGAAUCAAUGGCAUAGACUUUAAGGGUGAGGCCAUCACAUUCAAGGCCACCACUGCUGGGAUCUUGGCCACUCUGUCCCACUGCAUUGACCUCAUGGUGAAGAGAGAAGACAGCUGGCAAAAGAGACUGGACAAGGAGAUGGAGAAGAGGCGAAGAAUAGAAGAAGGCUAUAAAUCAGCACUCAAUGAGUUGAAGAAAAAGUCUCACUUUGGAGGUCCAGAUUAUGAGGAGGGUCCAAAUAGUCUCAUAAAUGAGGAUGAAUUUUUUGAUGCAGUGGAAGCUGCUCUUGACAGACAGGACAAAAUAGAAGAACAGUCUCAAACUGAGAAGACAAGAAUACAGAGAUGCAGCCCAGUCCCCCCUGGAGAUGUGUAUUCCAGCGCUGGCACACACAGAUUCUCUGACAAGGUGGAGGAGAUGGUGCAGAAUCACAUGACCUACUCCCUGCAGGAUGUUGGUGGAGACGCCAACUGGCAGCUGGUUGUAGAAGAGGGAGAAAUGAAGGUGUACAGGAGAGAGGUGGAAGAAAAUGGGAUUGUUUUGGACCCGCUGAAGGCCACCCAUUCUGUAAAGGGGGUGACUGGUCACGAGAUCUGCCAUUACUUUUGGGACACUACCUACCGCAACGACUGGGAGACCACCAUUGAAAACUUCAAUGUUGUGGAGACACUGUCAGACAAUGCAACAAUUGUUUAUCAAACGCAUAAGCGGGUGUGGCCUGCAUCUCAGAGGGACGUGUUGUACCUGUCUGCCAUGAGAAAGGUUCUGGCCAACAAUGAGAAUGACCCAGAUACCUGGUUGGUCUGCAAUUUCUCUGUGGAUCACGACGAUGCACAGCUAACCAGCAAGUGUGUCCGUGCCAAAAUCAACAUCGGCAUGAUCUGUCAGACCCUGGUCAGCCCCCCAGAGGGAGAUAAAGAGAUCAGCAGAGACAACAUCCUGUGUAAAAUCACCUACGUCGCCAAUGUGAAUCCAGGGGGCUGGGCUCCUGCCUCCGUGCUCAGGGCCGUGGCUAAGAGGGAGUACCCGAAGUUCCUCAAACGCUUCACCUCCUACGUCCAGGAAAAAACUGCUGGCAAACCCAUCUUAUUCUGAGGCUCACAGUGUUGAGACAUGAGGACAGAACUGCACGUGAGGCUUUGAGGACGUACUAUCUGGUGCUCUGCUGCCGUUCCUCAUAGUUAUUUCUUCCUUCCCAGUUCUUAGCUACAAGUUAGUUCCACUAGGGGAGGAAGGGUCAUAAUGGUGCCCUCUGGUGGCUGCAUUCCAACAUUUGCUGGACAAACCCUUGGCCUGAGAGACAUUCAGAUGAAAAUUUGUGAAAAUAUAUCCUGUUUUGUUUUCCUACUGCAUUAUGGUUUGAUUAAUACUACUAAAUUUCUAAAUAUAAAAUACUAAAUUGCUGUUAUUCAUAAGGAAGAUAUUUUUCAUUGUCAAUUAAAUAAAAUGGUAAGAGUUUGUGUCCUGAGAUGAAUGCAUCCAGCAGUGGGCCCAGUCUACCUUCCCUCCCCAUGAAAGUUCUUGCAGCAGCUCCUGAUGCCACAGUUGACGCCAUCUUUCAUGCUCACGUAGAAGACUGACUUGUAAGAGUAGCAAACAUGUCAGGUACAGAUAUAUUAAUAUAUAAAUGUAUGUAUGUUCUAUAAGAGGUUUGUAAAAAGAAACAGAUCUUUGCUAAUAGACUGAAAUAUUUUAUUCUUGCCAUUUAUAGUUCAUUGUGCUAGUUAGAAAAACAUCAUUGAUUGACAUGAGAUGAAUAUUUGUAUUAAGUCCAGAGGGCUGUCAUCAACUCAUGACCCCUAUGAUAAGGGACUUGACCUUUCUGACUCUAUCGCUCUCAUGAAAACACCUCUCGUUGGUGCUGAUGGAGGGACAAGCUGAGAGAAGUCAUAUAUUUAAUGUACAUUAUUUGCUUGGCUUUAUAUUUGUGUUAUUGUACAUGUUGUAGUGUCAUAGCACAUAUUUUGAAUGUUUAAUGAAUUGUAAAUAGUGUCACUAAAAUUUCUCUGAAGGUCUGAAAAUUGUUGGACUACAGUCAAGCCCAAAUGCCUUAGUGUUACAGAAAAGUAUAGUUUAAGAUGGAAUAAAGGGUGCUGUUAGUGCACCUAUGAAAUCACUAGAAAGUGCCUCAUGGCUAAAUUCCCCUUAUUAUGCUCUCUUCUCCCCUAAAAUUGGUCCUGCAAUAUAUUCACUGAAUGAACAAACAAGGGCUCCCACAGAGGGCUAGCAGGAUACUUUUUUCUAAGUGUUAGUAUUAUGAAGACUUAAGAUUCAUUUCAGUUUAAGACUUGCCGCCACAACCUUUCUGUCAGUGUGCCUGGUAUUUGUUACAUACAUGUGCUGUGUACUGGCAGUUAAAGUGCUGAAACCAUUCUGUUGAUGUAGGUAAGUUAGGUCUCUGUAUCAUGUAUCAUCUGUCUAAAAGUGUUGCUGAUCAAGGGCAGGGCUGCAAAGUCCAGAGUUUAGGAUCUAAUCUGUUUAAGGACUUAAGUUGUUUUUUCUAGGAAUGUUGUAAUUGCAAUUCCUUGUUUUAUUUGCUAACAUUUCCUAAAACCGUAACCCUGAACUUUGCAGUUUUACAGGUGACGCAGGUGAAAAACCCUUUCAGAGGACGUUUGAGGCAUGUAUAAUUUGGUUUAAGAACUAAAUACAGUUUAGUAUGACUUCCACCUAUGGACAGCACAAAAUGUUGGGUCAUAGCAAUGAUAGAUUUAUAGCUAUUUUAUCAGUCACCACUCUUGAGCCUUUGGUCUUUUUAGAGCUUGUAAGCAGAGGGAUGUGGAUGACAGUGAAGCCAGAUGAUACUCUGCCUCUGAGCUAAGUGGAAAGAAGCUGGGCUGAGACCCAUUCACAUAAAGCAGACAUUUCUAAAACUAUUUUUUUGUUAGCAAAACUGAAUGUAAGUAGAUACAUUUUAUGUAAAUAAUUUGUUCAUACUAAUGCAGUGGGGUCAUCUUAUAAAAUGUACUGUUGACAGUGUCGCAUCUGAUCUGCACUGUUUUUAAAAAGUGAAAUAAAUAAGUUUAUCCACAGUC